CGUGUUGGACAUCAUGGGAGUCAUGUACGGCAGCAGCGUCUUCCUGUCCAUGGUCAACAUGAUGAUGGUGAUGCCCGCAGCUGCCUCGGAGCGACCCGUCUUCUACCGCGAACGAGCUUCCGGGAUGUACGGCGGAGCGGUGUUUGCGGCGGCUCAGGGCAUGGCGGAACUGCCGUUCCUGUUCGUACAAUCGGUGCUGUACGUGGUUAUCUUGUACGGCAUGAUUCAGUUUGAGUUCACAGGCACCAAAAUCCUGUGGUUCUGGCUGUACAUGUGGUUGGACCUGAUGUACUUUACCUACAUGGGCAUGGGCGUCAUGAACGCCACACCCAACCUGCCGGCAGCAACCGCCAGCGGCUCCUUCUUCAUCCUGCUGUGGAUGCUCUUCUGCGGCUUCCUCAUCUACAGGAAGAACAUCAAGCCCUGGUAUAUCUGGGCCUACUACUUCAACCCGAUGACGUUCAUCAUCUACGGAUGCGUCACCACGCAGUUGGGUGACAUCACGGACGGCUUCAUCAGUGUUGGUGACUCCACCACAACCAUUGCGCAGUACAUCAACGAUACCUUCAGCUACGAGUACGACAUGCGCGGCUACAUCGUACUCAUCCUGCUGGGUUUCAUCGCCGCGUUCCGUGGUCUCUCCUACCUGGGAUACACUCGCAUGAACUUCCAGCGCCGUUAGGGGAAUUGAGGGUGAACGAGCAACGCAGGCGGUGUGCAGUACAACACCACCACGAUAACGGGUGUUGAGUAUCGUGGCUUCUCUGGGUCUCAUUGUGUGCCAGUGAGCCUUGGGCGACAUGUUUGCUUUUGUGGGGAGGGGCUAAGUGGUUAUCAUUAGUGUCUGGCAAGUGCUGCCCUGGGCUGAGGAGCUGGUUUCGACGCAGACAGGCUGCUGGCUGGAACCAUGUGACUCUUGGGUUUCCUGAGUCUUAGGUGCUGUAGCGUUUGGAGAGUGGUCAGAGGAGCUGGGGUGUCUAGAAGAAGAAACAGGAUGAAUGCAUGGUUCUCAUGACAUGGGUGUAGGGUUGAUUACAUGCAUGUCGUGAUCCGGGGAGGCGCAUUGCACUGUGUUGACGGGAAAGGCAUGUUCAUAAUCCUGACCCUACCUCGUAUGUGGUGGUAGAGAAUGCCAAACGUGCGUUGCAUAUGGGCGAGCAUGUAUAAGGAAAGCAUCUGGUUGUGUGUGUGUGCACGUGUGCUUUCUCUUGCUAUGGCUAUGCAGGCAAGUAUUUCGAGCGUGCCCCUAGUGACUGUGCGCGGGUACGGUUAAAGCGCAAGGAUUUAAUACCAGCAGAAAGGCAUGUUCCUUCCAAUUGGCAUCGAUCCCUUUUCGACGUGCGCGUGUGCAGCUGUGUGUUUUAACGUACGUUUGCGCCUUGACUCAGGGCUCAGCUUCAAGGGCCACUUAGGAUUAGUCCCUGUCGCACCGCGUAUGACCCCCUCUCAUGCGUGGUGUUAAGAAGUUAUCCUGCUUGGUUGCGCC